AGUACUCCAUCCCCGUCCACAAAUACUUCUUCCCCCUCAUCUUCCUCCUGGGGAUGUUCCUGUGGUCCCUGCUUGAGUACCUCAUCCAUCGCUUUGUCUUCCACAUGAAGCCACCCGCUAGUAACUACUAUCUCAUCACCCUGCAUUUCUUGCUGCACGGGCAGCAUCACAAGUCGCCCUUCGACAGCUCCCGCCUGGUCUUCCCACCCGUGCCGGCCUCGCUGGUCAUCGGCUUCUUCUACGGCGUCCUGCGGCUCCUGCUGCCUGAGGUGCUGGGGCUCUCGGUGUUCGUCGGGGGGCUCUGUGAAGGCCCCUACCUGUACGGCCUGAAGGCUUACCACGUCAAGCACCACUUUGAACACCAAAAAGCAGGCUUUGGCAUCAGCACCCGCUUCUGGGAUCACCCCUUCCGGACGCUCAUCCCCGAGGAGGAGACCUUUGAGAAAGAGGACUGA